UCUAAGUGACAAAAGGAAAAAAAAAACUGAUGGUUAGACUCCUUUAUAUGUACGCACUUCAUUCUCCUUGCCAUGUCCAUACUCUUCUUCUCUCUCCUAUUUCUUGCUUAGUUUCUGUAUUGGGGCAAAGAAUUUGAUCUUUGUCUCCACUUUCCUCCUUAUUGACAACUCUUAAUCUUUCUUCAUGCCCUAAGCUAGUGAAUAAGCUAUACCAUAUAUUUUUUAAUCAUGAGUUGUAAUGGUUGUCGAGUCCUUAGAAAGGGAUGCAGUGAAAACUGUAUUCUUAGACCCUGUUUGCAAUGGAUUGAAACUCCUGAAGCUCAAGGCCAUGCCACCAUUUUUGUUGCCAAGUUCUUCGGUCGUGCCGAUCUCAUGUCCUUCAUUUCCGCUGUCCCUGAAAACCAACGGCCCGGUCUAUUUCAAUCCUUGCUAUAUGAAGCAGCUGGAAGGACAGUAAACCCAGUGAACGGAGUUGUGGGACUAUUAUGGACCGGCAAUUGGCACGUUUGUCAAGUGGCGGUGGAGACAGUCCUCCGCGGCGGCACGUUAAGCCCGAUACCGGAGUUAUUUGGUAAGUCAUCAGAACUUGAUGAGGAAUCUGAAUGCACAAACGUGUUUAAGCUUCUAAAUCAUACGCGAUCGAAGAUGCAAAAGCGGCGUCGUUCGUCAGAUGAAGCAGCAGCAAAAGUGUUGCAGUUGGAAAAUCUUGAUCUCAGUUUAUUAACACGAGGUUUUCAGAGUGAAAUCGUGUAUAGUCCGUCAAGAAAUUCAGAGGAAUCUGUAACCACUACGUGUUUCGAGAGUAGUCUUGGAGAUCAUCAAGGAAAACAACCCAGACUCCUGAGCUUGUUCACUUAGGUUUUUUAUUAACUUGAAACCUUUUUUUUUUUUCUAAUGAGGAAGGGUUUUUUUUCCGGAAUAUAGAUUCUGGUGAGGUUUUUUGUACAUUACUGGCUCAGGAUUCCCCUUUCUUCAACCUUUUAAUUUCUGAUAUAGUACAAGAAAGUAGAAGCAUGCAUGGGGGAAAAAAUGAAAGUUUGCCGGUGAUUCCUUCUUUUGCUGUUCUUUUUGUUUCUUUGCUUUCUUUUUGGUGUCUAAUAACCACUCUAAUGAACGUUGGACAUGAAUAGAACGAUAUGUUUACUGAUCUCA